CAAUGCAAUGUUUUGUUUUUCUGUUCCGAUUUUACCAUACACAACCUUAAAUUUGUUUUAAUGAGUAACUUUUCCGUCACUGAAACGGCUUGAAGAUUAUAAGAGAACAACGCCUUUUGUCAAUGGGCCUUAAAUAUGAACAAGUUUAUGAAUCCGCGAUAUUAUGAUUUGCUUCUGGACCUGAACCGCUGCUUUAUUUAUAUACAUCAGGAUGUCCAUAAGUGACCACAUCUCAAUGAACGCUUGGUUUCUACUACGAAUCUUUCUGGUUUUCGGACCUUUUGCUCUGUUCAUACUGCUCCAGUUGUUGGUAGAUUGGUCGGACUUUGAUCUCCUGGUGCCUCAAUCUUUACUUGACCACAUCAAAGACACGUCUCCUCAUCCCGGGUUCCUGGUCGACACAAAGGGUUGCCGAAUCCCAGAUUUGGAUCCGAUGGAUCCCUCUAUCCAGAGAUUCAUCUUCGACGAACCCCCCAUCAACUGCGUGGAGCAGUACGGACCCGCUCUGGUGGAAUCCAACCUGACCUCCCUCUACGUGAACCUGCCCGCUCUGGCCUACUACAACGUCAGCGACACGAGUCAACUCCGAUGCUGCUACUUACCCUUCUGGAGGGUCGAGGUGGCCGAGUCUGUCUCGGGAGAGUAUCCGUCUAACGUAGACACGCGUGUCAAGUUUGCCAAAAAAUGCACAGUUUUCAACGAUACGACGGUCGUGAAACACGAAUUUGUUAAAGUCAAAUGUUCAUUAAACAACAAAUCGAUAUAUUUAGACUACCAUUCUUUUACUCCUGUCAAAAGAAGUAUUAAAGAGAAGGUAAAAUUUGAGGAGGAAGAAAACGCCGUCAGUGUCUUAAUGUUAGGAAUUGACGCCGUGUCACGUUUGAAUUUCCAUAGACAGAUGCCGCAAACGUUAAAUUUUCUCGAGAAAAACUUAAGUGCUGUUGAAAUGUUAGGGUACAAUAAAGUAGGAGACAAUACAUUUCCAAAUUUGGUACCGGUGCUGACAGGCCUAUCGGAGAAGGAAUUGACGAAAUCCUGCUGGCCAAAUUCAACCAAUGUAUUUGAUUCUUGUCGUUUUGUAUGGGAUAACUUCAGUGACGCAGGAUACAAGACGGCUUUUGGCGAGGAUGCUUCCUGGAUGGGAGUAUUCAAUUACUUGAAGAAAGGGUUUAGGAAACAACCGACCGACUAUUACCUAAAGGUUUUUAAUAAUAUCUCAGAGACAUACAUUGGGUUCAAGAAAAGACUAAAUGCUAAUUUGUGCGUCGGGCCGAGGAAAACCAUCCAAGUUUUGUUGAACUAUGUCUAUAAAUUUGCGAAAACCAUGAAGAACUCUUUAUCUUUUGGCUUUUUCUGGGGCUCCAGCCUCACGCACGACUACCUGAAUCUGCCCAAAUACGGAGACGAAGAACACAGACAACUCUUAGAGAAUCUUUACAAUGAGGGUGUCUUCAACAGAACUGUUCUUGUCGUUAUGAGUGACCACGGUAUAAGAUGGGGAGAAAUAAGAGGAACCUUUCAAGGAUACAUGGAAGAAAGACUGCCAUUUCUUUUCAUUGCCUACCCAAACUGGUUCAGAAUCAAGUACACAACGGCUGUUGCUAAUUUGAAGAAGAAUGCUAAAAAGUUGACAACGCCUUACGAUCUGCACGAAACGUUGUUGGAUCUCAUUGACGUCACCCAGUUGGAGCAAGAGACCCUGAGGGAGAGGUCUAGACGGCUGGAGAGAGCCAAACCACUUCCUAGGGGUAUCAGCUUAUUUCUACCCAUUUCUGAGAAUCGGACAUGUUCCAGCGCUGGAAUAGACGACCACUGGUGCACCUGCCAUCAGACUAGGGACAUCCCCACCGACUCCAGUCAGGUCCGACGUGCUGCCAAUCGUCUAGUGAAGCACAUCAACUCCUUGCUACUACAGUUUCCGCAGUGUGCCGAACUUCGGCUUUUCAAUAUUACGACUGCGAGAGAAGAAAGCUUGACUUUUGAAACGUCCGUUGCCAUUCGGGAUUUGACGGUCACGAUAGAGACUUCUCCAGGGAGAGCUCUCUUUGAGGCGACGGUGCGCUACAAUGAGAACACAAGAUGGCCCUCAAUAGUUGGCACUGUUAGUCGUAUAAACCUGUAUGGAAACCAAAGCAGGUGUGUGGAUCACUACAAAAUUCGACUAUAUUGCUACUGUAUUUAUUAACCUUAAUAAAUCAUGAAACUUAAAUUUGUAUUGUAUUUUUCUACUGGUAGAAUAAAUUUUAAUACGUACGACAUGUAAAGCAAAUUUGCUCCAAUGAUUGUCAACUUGUAAAUUGAAAAUUAAAUGUAGUUAGUUACACGUC